CAGACAGUUCGAGAGUAGGCGAUGACCGCCAUCUUAGUCGAUGAGAGAGGUGGAAGAGUUUGUUUGCAUUUGUUGAUAACGUUCAACAGGUGGUAUAACUUCUAAUCACAGUUUGAUUUACACACUGCUACAAAUCGGUAACCCUCCCAGGCCCCUCUGGACUUGGAAGAUGUGAUUGUGAGCAGGUGCUCCUGGACAGAAUGAAGACGUAUAAUUAGAUUCCCAGAUCAACCCUUCGUGUGGUAGCAACAUGGAGAUUGUGGUUGUGGUGGCUAUCAGUAUUCUUGCCACGAUAUUUCUUGCCUCUCUCGCGGCGCUAGUAUUUGUAUGCCGGCAGAGAUAUUGUCGCAAGGUGGACCUCAUCACAGCUCAGCACAAGGACACAAGGCCUGAUGUGCAGCUCAUCACAUCCGACUCGGGUCCACAGACAAUGACUGGCGUGGAGCUGGACGAUGUCCAGAUAACCAACCCCAAGAUAGAAGAGAUCCUCAAGGAUGAGCGAUGGGUGGAUGAUGCCACUGGACUGGUGCCUCACUGUAUAUCUAUACUGAAGACUUGCCACCAGCUGACUGAGAAACUCGUUGGCAUGACCAUGGGCAAUGCUCAGAAUAUCAGGACACAGGAAACUCUCACCGAUAUUGUUGCCAUCGCCAAAAGAAUAAGUCCAAGAGUUGAUGAGGUGGUGAAAUCCAUGUACCCCCCUCUAGACCCUCGACUACUGGAGGCCAGAUGCACAGCCCUGGUCCUCUCUGUCAGUCAUCUUGUUUUAAUCACUAAAAAUGCCUGCAAGAUGUCAGGAGUCCUCGACUGGAUUGACCAAUCUCUGGCAGAUGUGGAAGAUCACCUGAGGGUCCUACGAGAGGCGAGUCUGAAUAAUGAGUAUUACAACCCCCCUCAGACAGAAGUCACGGUAACAACGCCAGACAUCGAGGUACAGAUGCCUCAGCCUGAGAUUGUCAUGCAAGCAAUAUCGUCCAACAGCUCGUCUCAAGUGUGAACAUGUCAGAUAAUUGUAUGAAAGAAAUGUUUAAUUUUAGUACUGCUGUAAUCAUGAAAAACAAAUGGUUGUCUUUGCGAAGGUCAGAAGUGAUGAAUGUCGAUAGCUGCAGCAUGGAGAGUGACUACCAUCUAGGGAAGACGAAAGGUCUUCAUGCAUGGGGAAAACGACAUUACUUUUUGCCCCUGCCUUUAGGAUUGUUUAUUAUGUGACUUUUAUUAUGUUGAAGGCCUUAUUCUGUGACUUUUAUCAAUGGUCAUCUCCCUAUGUUUAAUAUUGAAAUCUUCCUCACACCAGAAACCAUAUAAUAAAAUUAUAUCUUUAUUAUGUUUCAUUCUAUGGUUUCUGAUCACAUGUGGUUGCCAAGUCGGCAUAUAUUUUGUUUCAUGUUUUAAAUAUUUUUGUGACAGUGUAAUACAGGGAUGGCAAUUUUCCGCUGAUCCGUGGAUUUCCGCUGAUUUUAUUUCAAAUUGUU